AUGCUAGGAGCAUUCGCCGGUCUCUCGGGUGCCAUGGGUGUCGGACUCGGUGCUAUCGGUGCCCACGCCAUGAAGUCCAAGCUCAACGCCUAUCAGAUGGGCGCAUGGAAUACGGCUACGCAGUACCAGCUGCUUCACAGCUUGGCGCUGCUCUACACGCUCAGUCUGCCCAAGACGGGUGCCGCUGUUGCAGCGAGCUACGCCUUCGCUACGGGCAUCACCUUCUUCAGCGGAUCGAUCUAUGGGCUGUGCCUGACCAAGCCCGACAAUCCGGUGCGCAAGCUGCUCGGUCCCAUCACGCCCAUCGGUGGGCUCUCGAUGAUUGCUGGAUGGUUGCUGCUCGCCUACGCCAAGCGACCGCGCUCGAUCCGCUGA